AUGAUCCGAAGCGAUCGUACAUCGCUGCCUGAUGCAUCUCUAGGCUUGGCACAAGGCAAUGCUCCAUCCGCAAACUCAGGCUGGUCUUCUUCCCUGAAUGAACAUGACACCAUUCCCUCUCCACUCGACCACACCAAACGCAAACGCAACGACUCAUUCGGAUCGCAAGCGUCUUCCAACACCGAAGCUCUCCCCGCAAGAACUCUUUCAGUGGAUAACGCCACCGCGACGCAAAAUCUUUUAGCAGAGUACCUUCAAAAUGCCGAGCAACAACAAGGAAUCGACAGACGCCCUGGAAGAAAACCUUUGCACCAAAAGCAACCUGAUGAUGAUGAAGAUCCCAAGGUUAAGCGCAAAGUGCAAAAUCGAGCAGCUCAACGAGCAUUCCGUGAACGUAAAGAACGCUAUGUACGAGAACUGGAACUCAAGAUUCAACACAUUCAAGCAUCGCAUAUGCAAACAACAUCGCAAUUGACACAAGAGAAUCAAUAUCUUCGAUUUGUGAUCCAUCGUCUCAAGAGUGAGCUUAGCACUGUGAAGGGCAUCCCAGUGGAAAGCAUCCCAGAUCUUAUCCCUGCUCUUAACGAAUGGCAACAACAACAACAACAACAGACGAGAUUGCCUCCUACACCUAAUGCGAAUGGCUCUGAUCUUGCACCUUUCUUGACCAUGAGUUCACAACCUAUUCAUACCGCUCCUACACCCAUUGCACCUGCUCCUCCUCGAUCACGACCACUUGCCCCUGCAGGUCCAGCACCCAUUGCACCUAGACCCAAUCAUGCAACUACUUCUUCUUCCUCUUCUUCUUCCUCUGUACCAUCUCUCAAACGACCUGUUGCCAUCUUACCUCAAGCAUCCAACAACAAUAACAACAACCAUCAUCAUCAGCAUCAGCAUCAUCAGCAACAGCAGCAGCCAUCUAUCAACCCCAUCACCACAACCACCAACAACAACAAUACCAAUCAACAGGCUACAUCAAGCUAUGUUCAAAAUGCUAGAUUACCUUCUCCACCUGAAGUAGCAGCAUCCAAUAGCUCUACAGCAGCUCUUUAUGUGCGAUUCAGUCCUCAAGAAGCCGCCAGUGAUCAAUUUGGUGAUGAGUCAUCUUACCUCACUUCUUCACCUGUUUACGAACGUCAAAAUCUCUUCAACACCAAUGCUAGUGGUAGCAGUGCUGCUGGUAGCCACCAUAGCCGAUCACCACCACCUUACAUGGGCUCUGGAUCCGUUGCAGGAGGUAGCUCCAGCAAAGAAGAUGUGGGUGAAAAGGCCGUGGCUGUGGAUGAAGUGGAAUCCGAAGCAACUCGUAUUCAAACGGUGUGGCGACGACUCAACUUAUAUGGCCGCUUUACCGAUUUCAGCUUUGAUCAGCUUUGUCGUGUGGCUCAAAUGGCUGAUGGUAACCCUGCCAUGCAACGUACCAUGGGUAGUGAUGCACGUGUAGAGCCUUCCAUGGAAGAUUGGGAACUGGACAAGCUCAUGCACCAGAUCGAUCCAGAUCAUUUGUAA